AUGGCUCCUUCCCGAGGAGCGCGGAACCCGUCUGCGCCCUGCACCUUGGAGUGGCGCAGCCGAGCAUCGAAGGCACCAAAUCGUGCCGUACCUCGAGUCGCGCUUUGCUUGCUGGGUGUGCCUCGGUUCUUUGAUGAUACAGCACAGCUGCUGAGGCGGAAUCUCCUCGACCGCGUGGGGCGGCCUGCCGACCUCUUCACCUUCGUGACUGCCUCGCGGCGACCUGCGGCACCAGAUUGCCCGCAGCCACAUCGCCUGGUUGAAACGGUUCCGGGCGAUGGUCGGCUCAGCGAGGAGCUGCGACGUGUGGCGCCCUCCAGCGAGGAGGGCCAGGGCCAGAACUUCGAGCCUGGACGCUUUGCCGGCGACGGCGCGUCGCUGCUGACGGCAUCAGAAUGGCAAGAGCUGGAGGUGCUUCUCCAGGACGCCGUCGCGGGGCAGGUGGCCUGGGGCGAUCGACCAAUGGAGUUGCUGAGCAAGCACCCGGCGGCGGCCUGGCGCCGGGUGGCGGCGCGGCCGGGGCCGUGGCUCGGGGGUCUGGCGCAGAGGCCUGAUGUCGGCCAUGACGAUAUCACAGGUUCUUCGCCGACUGCGCGGACCUCAGACGAUUCCAGGAAGGCGCGGAGCUCUGGCAUCCGCUUCACGGACGGCAGCUCAGGACACCAGGUACGCCCAAGCGCCGGACUGUCCCAGCUGCGUACCCUCCAGUGGUGUGCGGAUGCUGUCAAGUGGCAUGAAAACAAUUUUCUCAACUUUUCGUACUCCCACGUUCUUUUCGCCCGCUGGGACCUGCACUGGCUGAUUCCUUUUCCUGGCCUCGAGCUGCUGCAGGAGAUUGACUCGGAGGCCAUAUGGCUGCCGAAGGUACAGGGCGAGUUCUUUGCUAAUGAUCGCUUUGCAGUCGUACCAAGGCCAAGGCUGGCAGUCUACUUUGAAGGUUGGAAGCUCUUGGUCUCUGGUGACGCAGAGGAUGCUUUGAAGAAGCAUAUGCCCCGAGUGGGCACUCCUUUUUUCCUGCAAGACCUCCUGGUCUACGAGGGCUUCCUGCACCUACGCCUGGUCUACGCUGGGGCGCAUACUAUGGCCCUUCCUCCACUCUUCUAUGUGUACUGCCGUCCAUCGUCGGAUUCCAGGACGUUUCGGAGCCUGGGCUUCUUCGACUGCUCGCCUCUGGCAGCCAUGGCAGACGUGACGGCCAAGGGCGGCGGCGACGAAGCCUCUGAGGCAGUUGAAACUGCACUUGGCGGCGCCAAGUACAGCAACGAGGUCACUUGGGUGAUUAGCACGGACUCCGCGCUCAGAGGCUUUGAGCAAGGAGAGUCCAGGGUCGAAGAAGGGUCCGAGCAACUCAUGCGGCUGCUACGACCUCGCUUGGAUCGCCUUCGUGGCAAUCCGGAGGACCAAUCAGAUCCGGUCACUUGGACAAAGGACGAUCUUUUCAGUGCAGUGUUCCUGUCCACGCAGAUGGAGGUCAGCACAGCCUUGCAAAGGGGGCAAUGCCAAAACCUGAAUGACUGGAGGAGGAUGGGCUACGUUUGCAGCCGCUUCCUCACAGUGAUUCUUGAGCUCGCUCCACGCAGGCAUGAAUUCUACAGAGAUGCUGCUAACGUGGCCCGUGCAGCGGUGCUCGCUGCGCCGUUGUUUCUAGAGCACUGGAUCCGCCUCGCCAUCGUAGUCUCACAUCCCGCGCUGGAAAUGCCUCUGGAAGCGGAGAUGCUUGUCAGACAGGCAAUGCUCCUGAACGACACGCACUACUGCUUGCGAGGCCUGGAGCGGAUGCUGUUGCCGAGCGUCCGCGAAGCAGGCACCGGGCGGUCUCCGGAUACCAACCUCCUGGAGCGAGCCCUUGGAGGGGCCAAUGCCACAAGGCGGGCAACUUCAACCAGCAGAGAGGCUGUUCUUUGGGGACGCAUGAUGCGACGCACGCAGCGCCGCUGUGGAUCCCCUGAGGCAGCAGCCAGCAAAGAAGGCUUCAAGUCAUGGAUGCUCUACGAGGCGCUUCUUCGCAGAAGAGGCUGGCUCAUAGCGGCGCUCGGCGUCUGCUUGCAUCUAGAGGAGCUUUACUUGACCGACGGCCGGCCCGAAGCACUGCGCGUGCUGGGCGAGGCCGUGCGACAGGUCCGCAAAUGCCGGGAUCCACUGGAAAGCCUGCUCUUUCAUUCCCAUGCUGGCUUCUGGGGUGCCGACUUGUACGCCGCGGACUUCGAGCACCGAGCGCCUUCCGCGAGGGAGCUCCUCUCGGAGGAAUGGCUCAGGGAGCAGGAGGCUGCAACCUACGAGGGCGGGCGGGACCUGGUCGCAGGGCACAUGCAGACAUUGGCAUUCAGCCGGGUCCUCAAGCUACUCCGCUGUGUACCGGACGAUGGUCGUGUCAGGAACCGCGAUGGCAGCAAAAAGGGUGCCAACUUCUGUGACGAGGAGGAAGAGCAGCAGGAUGGGUGGACGGGUGUCUAUCAUGCCGUUGAUGGCGACCUCGACCUCGGAGCGAAUGCUGACGCAGAGCUGCAACAGCAACAUGAUGAACAGGCUUUGGGCCAGGACUUUGUCGAAGAAUCGCCGACUCAUCUUGCCGACCGCCUCGACCGCAUCGUGCCGGAGGGAUGUGUGCAACCUCGGGCUCCAACAGAUUGCUCUCGCGCCCCUGUCAUGGAGCGUGGCGGCAGCAUGAAGUCCUUGCAGAGUGUGGUGCAGAAAGAGGUCCUUUCGAGGAUGUCUUCGAAGAUCCUGGCCACUUCGGAAAACGAGCAUCCGUGGUUUUCACCCGACGACUGCUGCCGGUUCGCCAUUGCCUUUUUCUGUGCAGCCAUGUCCAUGUCGAUCGGCAUCGUCCAAGCUACGCGCGGUUGGCAAAGGCUUGUGAGAUGUGGGGCAGUGAUGGUGUGUACAGCGACGUGGGCAAGUUGCGUCUACACGGCCGUCAGCAGUGGCAACACGGGGUGGAGGCUGGGUGCCAGUCUGGUGCAUGUGGUUGAGUCUACAGCCACCAUUGCCCUCUUGCUCCGUACAAGUUGCAGCGCUAGGUGCGAUGUGGUGGUGAUCGUGAUGUGCCUUGUGAGCUGGUUCAUGUGCCAUGCAGCGCAGCUUCGGCUUCUGUCCAUGGCCAGCAUCGAUCCGACCUGGCAAGCUUACCUUCUUCCCUGCUUUCAACGCCUCUACCGUGCAGCAUGGUGUCCGGGCAGUUUCGGUGAGGCAGCGGAUCGCUGGGCUUGUGUCACUGCUUUCGCUGGGCAGGUCACGCAAGAGGGUGAUGCGUUGUAUGUCGUCAUGGGUGGAACCCUGGUACUGGGAGCUUUCUCGCCCAUGGUGGAAGUCUUCCUCCCAGGUCCGGACUGGUUGCUACCACAGCUGUUCAGCAGCAUCGCAAGCUUCUUCCUCAUGGUCUACUUGAUCAGGAGCGGGGUGGAGGUAAGUGAAAAGUGCCAGAGGGCAGCUAUCUUCAUCAACAGCAUGCAGGGGAGCCUUUCUGCAGACCGCUGGGCUGAACAUCGCUUGUUGGUUAGCUACAUGGAGAGCAGUGAUGCCGGAAUCUUCGUUGCGGGUGCCAAGCUUACGCGCUUUUGGUUUUCGCGUGUCCGAUCCCUCAUGAUGAGCAGUGCUUUGUUCCUGGUUUUUCGAUUCCAGACGAUGCCCGAAGACCAUCGAGAGCAGCUGACGCAACAAUGGGGCGAGCCUGACAUGGAAUGGAUCCAAUAUGACUGGCCGUCAUCAGGAUUUGUCAUAGCAUACUUUGCUGCACUGUCGUACUGGCAGCCUGCAUUAGCUGAUGUGGACAGCGAUGCUUGUUUCGCAGCGGACAUGAACAACGCAACAGGCCACAGCAUGCUGCUGAACGCUUGCCAUUGGGGAAGGCAGCUCCGGUCAAGGCGCGAUGCACUGACCACUCCGAUCAUCCGAGACAGGGUGUUUCUGAUGGUCACAAACGCUGAGCGGAAUCGCGCAGAGAUCGCUUCUUUGCGGCAUGAGAUCUCCUCGUUGCUCCAGACCAACGGCCAGUUGCACCAGCAUCUAGGACAACUGAACAGUUUUCUGCCCGACGCAUCCGUCGCAGCAAACUCGCAAGGAGGCGCAUCUGCUGAGGCGAGUCUUCGACGCUCGCGGGAGAACUCAGAGGCGCCAAGGCCGUAUGGUCACAUGCGUUCGGACCCAGGUGCCAGUGGUCUGAGUUCCCCACGUGGUGCUGCAGCACUUGCUUCACUGCUGCGCGAGCGUGACGACCUGCAGCAGCGGUUGCAGGCCACGGAGCUUGCGCGGUGUGCUGCCCAGCAGCGCCGAGCCACCGCAGAGGCCGCCCUGCGCCGUUGUACGGAGGACUUGGAGUGGCAGCGCAAGCGGAUAGCUGCACAAGAAGCUGGACAAGAUCAGCCUUUCGGCGAAGCCGAGCUGCUUCGAAAACAACUUCGAGAGGCCCAGGACAAGAUUGCAGAGCUUGAUGUUAUCCUCUCUGCCAGGAGUGAGCGAGUACGUGCUAACGAGCGGGAUUAUGCCGAAGCGCGAGUGGAGUUUGACGCCCUUUCCGUUGCCAAUGAUGCAAUACAGAAAGAGCUCGAGGCCACUCGCAGCCGCAUCGCCUCCGAGCAGCAAGGCUGCCAGGCAGCCGAGUCGGAGCUCUCCGAGUUCCAGGCGCGGAUGCGUGCCGAGGAAAUGGAGUUUGCGGCAGAGGUGGAGACGCUGGGUUCGCGCCGCAGCAGCUUGGAGACAUCGCUGCGAGAGUCUUCUGCAAAUUUGGCGGACAUGGAAGCCGAAGUUUCUGCUGCCCGUGCUCAAAGUUUGGGCCUGCGCGCACAGCUGGAGGUGCUACAAGCUGCACGAGAUGAGAUUGUGUCACAAGAGCAUCAGGCGACUAUCCAACAGCGGGCAGAGGUCAACAUGGUUGCUUGCAGUGCUGAGUCAGUCGACACUGUGCUUGCCGCAAUCGCGCAGCCUUCAUGCCGGACAUGCAGCAUUGCUUGGUCGGUUAAGUUCACGCACCUUGGCACUCAGCAUUUCGUUUGCAAGGAGACCUUGCAAAGCAUGGCCUUCUCUCGACGGACUUGGCUGACCCUCUGCAGUCUGACCUUCGCGCAGGGAGUGGAGAACGCAACUUGUGGUGCCGAUGGCUCCUGCGAUCCAAAUUCCUUGCUGCAGACAGUGCACAAGGGGCGGCAUCUCUCCAAGGGCUGUGUAGUCGGUGCCCACGUGACUUGCCCAGGAAGCGAUGUCAGCUGCGCUGGAAACCAAUGCUGCCCCCCAGUUCAACCCGGGGGUCCCUCGGUCAUUUGCCCAUCUGCUUCUCCGGACUUCACUGGUUGCGGCGACCCGGUGAAAGUGGAGGACUGCGUGUCAGGUGACACCCCGGCCCCAGCCCCGGCACCAAGCCCGCCAGCUCCUCCAGCUCCAGCUCCUGCCCCUUCUCCUCCACCCGACACCGCCGCAUCUUUGACGAUGCGCAUCGUCAACAAGGAGUGGUCUGAUGGCGUGGUGUUCUGCCGUGGUCCGCAAGAUGCGCUGAGCACGGUCUAUCUGGAUGCGGCGUUGACCCAAAGCGUCCGCAAUUCACCUGUGGAUUGCUCCGAGGGAACUGGGAACGACCAGUAUGGAAGUGGUGUCCCAGAUCUGACGACCCUGUGCAUGGGCCUCAAGAAGGGCGAGUCGAUCGAUCUCUUCUUCGGUGAAGGUGGAAACUGGCCUUCCGGCACAUGCUGGUUCCAGGAUAUCGCAUCGAAUCAGCAGCACUCGCUGUCCAUGGGACCUCAAUACCAGAGCCAAGUCGAGUUCACGAUUACCACUGUCGUGUCCUGGGAUCUCACCUCGGUAGAAGGAGUGUCUGGAGGUGUCACCAUGAAUUACACAGAUGGCAAUGGAAAGAAGACCGAUGUGGUUGCCUUGCCUGGCAAAUUCACCGGAUCUCUCUUGAAGAUCCAGCCUGCUCCUGGCAUUGGCUUCCCUACAGUUCUGGCUGACAAGCACGUCUAUGGCGAAUGCAACUGCCCCGUCUUCUCGCCGGAAAACCCAAGCUGCAAUACGGAUGCUUGCUACACUGGCUGCCCCGGAUCCCUGGCCGACAACCCUUGCGGUCAGCACCGCUGUCGUCAGUGGUAUGCUAAAAGCUAUGAGACCUCGGAGAGCUAUUGCGGCUGGCUCUAUGCAAACAAUGCUGAGACCUACUGCUGGGCCAUGGAUGAAUGGAAGUGCAUUGAUGCGACCUGCGGCUAUGGCGCUAGUGACCAGCCCAGCGAGGACUGCAGCGCAGUGCUCGGAAACCCGAACUUCCCGGCGAACACCUACAGCUGUGGCCACAUCAAAAACCAGCCUGCUUAUCCCAGCGGCGUGUGGUGGACCCACGCCGUCGGUUGCACCGACAAGCUCGUUCAGGGUGUUCCAACCAACCCUAUCUUGCCAAGAGCCGGUGGAGUUAUCGAUAUCAGCUUCGACAAUCUGCCCUGGCUCCACGAGUGA